AUGACACGCGACGGUGACAACUCCACCGCGCACACGCGCCGCUUGUCCCACCACUCAGCCGCUCGUGGCAUAAACUUCUAUGAGCCGCGCACUUCUCGCACUCGCGCGAAGCUUCGAAUCCCGGCGGGUCACACCAAAGAAACCUACGAAGUCGACUGCCUCACACACAGAAGAUGCCCAGAGAACUCCGACGAACCGGAGUAUCGUGUGCGAUGGGCUGGGCUAGACGAGAACGGCAAUAAGUGGCUGCCGACCUGGCGGAAUGCGAGCGUGAUAGGGGAUGUCUCGAUCGCGGAGUAUGAGGCUAGCCAUGCGCAGCCUGAGCAUGAGGAGAUGGACGUCGAUACUGCACCCGAGGCCUCCCCCGAGCCCGGUCUUUUUACCAUCAACGCCGCCCGCGCCCCGGCACUUCCAGCCACGCCAGCUGUGCCGGCAAAGAAGAAGGAGAAAUUCAAAGGAUAA